UGGCUCUAGGCGGCUAGAAGUGCCCAAUUUAGGUUUUUAAGGUGGCUCUUGAGGCGACCCGGAAGCGGAAGUGGAGGAAAGUUCUAGUGGGUUGAGGAGCGGCGGGAGCAGGCGGCUGGCGGGAGGAGCCGUUAGGGGAACCGGAGCCGUGGGUUUAGCCUGAUCAAGAUGACAACGUCUCAAAAGCACCGAGACUUCGUGGCCGAACCCAUGGGGGAAAAGCCAGUGGGGAGCCUGGCCGGGAUUGGUGAAGUCCUGGGCAAGAAGCUGGAGGAAAGGGGCUUUGACAAGGCCUAUGUGGUUCUUGGCCAGUUUCUGGUGCUAAAGAAAGAUGAAGACCUCUUCCGGGAAUGGCUGAAGGACACGUGUGGCGCCAACGCCAAGCAGUCCCGGGACUGCUUUGGGUGCCUGCGAGAGUGGUGUGACGCCUUCUUGUGAUGCUCUCCGGGGAGCCCCCAAACCCCAGCCCCAACGUUGAGUCUCCAGAGUUUGCAGCCGAGUGGGGACUCCCCCCCCCGCGUCCUCUACAAAGGAAAAGAUUGCUGUUGCGUACUCACUUCCGAUGUACUCGAGUCUUUUGGGAGUUCUCUCCCUUCACCGUUUCGACUUUUUUGGAAUUUUUGCUCUUGCAUGCAUCUCCCUUCUCCUUCCCCUGCCAGUUUCAUGUCGAUGACUAGCUUUUCUGAGUGGAUUCCUAGCCCCUUGCCUCACUCCCACCCUCGCCUCUGGUCUGUUUUAUGCCAUUUGGCUCCCUUUUUGGCAGACAGUCCCUGUCCUUGUAGAGUUUUUUAAAUCAAUAAAGUCAGUGGCCUUCA